AUGGCUGUUAUAAAAAAUGUGACUGAAAUAAUUUUCCUGGGAUUUUCCCAGAAUCGGAAUGAGCAGAGGGUCGUUUCUGUGAUGUUUCUCCUCAUGUGCACAGCCGUUGUGCCGGGCAAUGGCCUCAUUGUGGUGAACAUCCUGGCCAGCAAAGGGGUCACCUCCCCCGUGUAUUUCUUGCUCAGCUACGUAUCCUUUGUGGAGAUCUGUUAUUGUUCUGUCGCGGCCCCCAAGCUUAUCUUUGACUCUUUUAUCAAGAGGAAAGUAAUUUCUCUCAACGGCUGCAUCACCCAGAUAUUUUUCCUCCAUUUCUUUGGUGGCGCUGAGAUCUUUCUCCUGAUGGUGAUGGCCUACGACCGCUAUAUGGCCAUCUGCAAGCCCUUGCACUACACUGCCAUCAUGAACCAGCAAAUGCGUAGCCUCCUGGUGGGGGUAGCAUGGGGUGGGAGCCUGCUGCAUUCUGUUGGGUAAACCUUCCUCAUUUGCCAGCUCCCCUUCUGUGGCCCCAACAUCAUCGACCACUGCUUCUGUGAUGUCCACCCAGUGCUGGAGCUGGCCUGCGCAGACUCCUUCCUCAUUAGCUUACUGAAAGUAACUUUCCUCUUUCCGCCGGAUGAUGGCGGCUCCAUCUCUGUGGGCAGCUUCUCGGUGCGGAUAGCUUCCUACCUGAUCAUCCUGCACUCCCUGAGGAGCCACAACUCCGAGGCGCGGCGCAGGGAACUCUCCACCUGUGCCUCUCAUGUCACAGUUGUGGGCCUGUUCUUCAUGCCUUGCUCCUUUGUCUGCAUGAGGCCCUGUGUCACCCUCCCUGCAGAUAAGAUAGUCGCCGUAUUUUACACGGUGGUCACACCUCUCUUAAACCCCGUCAUUUACUCCUUUAGGAAUGCUGAAGUGAAAAACGCCAUGAGGAGACUCGUUGGGAGAAAAGUAAUUUGGGAAGAGAAGUAG